CGUGUCAGUCAAACAGUGCGCACAAUGACGGAGGCAGAUGAUAUCCAGUUGAAAGGUGUAUACACAAAUGGACACGGGGUGGACAACAAAGCCUUUGAGUCUGAGGAUGACAGCAGUGAUACCAGCAGCAAGGCUUCAAGUCAUAAAGACAGAGACAUUGAAAAGGAUUCGACCACAGAAUCAAAAUCAUGCUGCAGUUUUUUUCUCAGUAAAUUGUUUGCACCCAUCAAUGCAGUUGAACGGUACUGCAAGAAACACUCCAGGAUCAUCAAGUAUAUUGUGUUGGCCCUUCUCGGAGCAGGAUAUGUUGCCUAUUUCAUCACAGCCUGUGUUAUGGACUUCAACAGGGCAAUUGCCCUUGUAGUCCUAACUAGUUUGGCAGUGGUCUCCACACUCUAUGACCUCAUUAAAAAGUACAAGGGCGACGAUAUCAAGAGGUGCUUCAAACCUGUACACAGGUGUUUCAAGAACAACCUGAAAUGGAUAAAAUGGCUGUUCAUCCUGGCCGUGGUGGCUGGCCUGGUGGCCUGGUUGGCCAUAGACAACUUUCAGCGUCCCCGGCAGCUGAUAUCCUUUGGGGGGAUCAUCAUGUUCAUCAUAGGCCUCUUUCUCUUUUCCGCAAACAGGACGGUGGUACCAUGGCGGACUGUCUUUUGGGGUCUUGGCUUGCAGUUUGCAAUUGGCUUGUUUGUCAUCCGGACACAGCCAGGCCUUGUUGCAUUCAAGUGGCUUGGUGAUCAAGUCCAGAUAUUUUUGGACUACACGAAAGCUGGAUCUUCAUUUGUGUUCGGAGACCUGAUAGAUAUCUUUGCAUUUCAGGCUCUGCCCAUUGUGGUGUUCUUCAGCAGUGUAAUGUCUGUCCUCUACUACCUCGGAAUAAUGCAGUGGAUUAUCAUGAAGAUUUCCUUCAUCAUGCAAAUAACAAUGGGAACCACGGCUACAGAGACACUGAGUGUGGCAGGAAACAUCUUCGUUGGUCAGACUGAGGCGCCACUGCUGAUUCGUCCGUACCUGAAGGACAUGACCAAAUCAGAGAUCCACGCUGUCAUGACGGGAGGCUUCGCCACCAUCGCAGGCAGCGUGAUGGGAGCCUUCAUCAACUUUGGAAUCGAUGCCUCCGCCCUGAUAUCCGCCUCUGUCAUGGCUGCCCCAUGUGCCCUGGCGGCCGCCAAGCUGUCCUACCCCGAGAGGGAGGAGAGCAAAUUCAAAAACAGCAAAAACGUGAAGGUGGAUGGCGGGGGUGAACAAAAUAUUUUGGAGGCAGCAAGUGGAGGUGCGUCCGCCUCUAUCGGGCUGUGCGCUAACAUAGCAGUGAACCUGAUAGCAUUCCUGGCAAUCUUGGCAUUCGUGAACGCGGCGCUGGACUGGCUGGGGGGCCUGGUGGGAUACCCAGAGAUCACCUUUCAGCAAAUCUGUUCCUACGUAUUCAUGCCCAUCGCCUUCAUGAUGGGCGUGCCCUAUGAAGAGGCCUUCGUCGUGGCAGAGCUCAUCGGCACCAAGCUCUUCCUCAACGAGUUCAUCGCUUACGAGAAACUGUCGGAAAUGAAGACCAACAGGCUGAAUGGCCUUACGGAAAACACAGUCUCGAUUAGGACAGAAAUCAUCUGCACGUAUGCACUUUGUGGCUUUGCCAACUUCAGUUCUCUUGGGAUCGUCAUUGGAGGCUUGUCCUCCAUCUGUCCUUCAAGAAAGGGUGACAUCUCUCUUCUGGUUCUGAGAGCCCUCUUCACUGGCACCUGCGUGUCUCUCAUCAACGCCUGUGUGGCAGGUCUCCUCUUUGUGCCUCCACCGGACUGCAUGGGCCUCUUCAUGGCUGGCGACUUCAACAUCACUAACCCAGACAUAACCACCUGCUGUAACGACCUCUUCCAAAGCACUGUGAACAAUGGGACGGUGGUGUCCUUCGUGGGUGACUGGACCUCCAUCAAAAACGCCACUCUCUACCUGAGCAGCUGCUGCGAUCUGAUCAGCAAUACCGUAUGCCCGUAACAUGCUAUUGCCACAUAUGCCAAGGUAUUCCCAUAACGUGCUAUUGCCACAUAUGCCAAGGUAUGCUCGUAACAUGCUAUUGCCACAUAUGCCAAGGUAUUCCCAUAACGUGCUAUUGCCACAUAUGCCCAGGUAUUCCCAUAAUAUGCUAUUGCCACAUAUGCCCAGGUAUUCCCAUAACGUGCUAUUGCCACAUAUGCCCAGGUAUUCCCAUAAUAUGCUAUUGCCACAUAUGCCCAGGUAUUCCCAUAACAUGCUAUUGGCACAUUGUUAUUUGCUACAGGGCUUGCCACUGAAUUGACAUGUGGAAGAUCUGUGGUUAGUGGAAAACCCUUUUUUAAAUACAUCUAUCAAUACAAGAAUGUGUUUUUAUUAAGUCAUGAAAAGGCAAAAAGUAUAUAACUUAUUUUAUUCAACCCAAUUCAUGUUGACCCUAUGUUUGCCAAUUUAUUUAUUACAAUUGUGAGAGAUAUACAGUAACCUGUAGGUGUAUUCAAGUAUAAAUGUUUUGAAGCCGUUUCUAAUCUACUGUAAUUUGAAGCUAUUAGUAAUGACCUUUCCCUUCAUGUCUUGUAAAAUGUUGUUUUGGAAAUCCAAAUGCAGCUUUGUAUAUACAGUAUAAUAUUGUAAGAAUGUUAGAUGUCUAAUUUGUCAUUAUUUACCUAUAGUAUAUGUAUAAUAUUAUCAAAACUGUGCAAUCAUUUUUGUAACUUUGUAAAUACAUUAAUUUUACUAAACAUAACAUUGCAUACAUUUACAGACACAUGGCCUCUUUUUAUUUGCACUGUACAUAUUUAUUUUAUAAAAACAUUGACACAACAUCACCACACGUACUGACCUAACGCACAAGAUCACAACAUAGGCUCACACUUCCUCGUUCAACCUUUCCCCUUUCAGGAUUCUUUCUCUGUCUCUCUUACACACACACACACACACACACACACACACACACACACACACACACACACACACACACACACACACACACACACACACACACACACACACACACACACACACACACACACACACACACCGAGACAUAGAACACACAUUCUGUAUUGUCAUAUGAUUAUCACUGAGGAACGAAGUGAUUUGUCACACACCAGGCAAUGCAUCUCUUUUCAUUCAAUCUACAAAAACCCAUCUAUAUAUUUUAUUUAUUUAAGCUGUGACUUUCUAAAUGACAUCUUUCGCAAUGGCUCAACAGAAGCACAACAAUACUAGUCCGUCUUCUCAUCAGAGGGGGACAGUAUUUGGAUGUUGUGGGAUACACAGGUUUCCUGUGUUAUCCUAAUGAUAAUGUCAAUAAUAAUAAUAAUAAUAAUAAUGACUAAACAUUUGGCACCCUUCACUGCUGUCAGGCUGUGAGUUGCCUUUGGCUAACUCACUAUGUGGAAAACUUGCACUCUGCAAAAAAGAAAAGACAAAAAAAGACUCACCAAGCAGUGACUGUGCUAGGGACACAACACAACCACUGGCCAUUACAAAGUUGAUCAAGAUGGUACAGUAUAACUACAAAACAUUUUCUUGAACAUUUCUUUAACACCUUCUUAACAUUUUUUUACUCUCUAAUAAGUUGUCUUUUAAGGCUGUCCCAGGCAACCUAACGACAACAGCAAAAGAAAACUGUGACAUUCAUAUAUGUAAAUGCUGCGUUGUAACAUCGAGAAGAAAUAGCCAUUUUUAAGAGUUUCCUGCACCAUUGGGAGAAUGCACCAUUAGGUUUUCUCCUAAGGCUCAAGGGAUAGGUUUUCCCUCUCCGCGAUGCAUAGAGAUCAAAUAAACCUCUGUACAGAAUAAAGUACAGCCUGAGUAGCGAGGAAGAGAAAAGAAAAGAAAAAAAAUGGAACAAGAGAAAAUAAAAUCAGUGAAUUCAUGACUACUCUGACCUAUGAUUGGCAAGCCAUCACACAAAUAAAGUAAUUUAUGCUGUACAAACAGAACGUCAUAUCUCUCAUUACAUCACGCAAGGUUGAAGGCCUUCCCCUGUGCAGCUUCUGAUCACACUUCAGUCUCUUAAUUUUUCCAGAGCAAAUGUGUGCAGCUUGGACAAAUUUACAAAGUUGUACCAACCAACAAAGUCGGACCAAAAAAAGUAUCUCUCUCGAAAAAAAUAUUUAUUUAUAUUAUGUACUGUAUAUUGCACCCACCUACCCAUUGGCAAGUGUGCCGCUACAUUUUUGUACUUUCAGGACAGGAUGUGCCGAGCACCGUGUGCUGUUCCUGAGAGUGGGAGGCUUAUCAUCUCUGUUAGCUUCUGUUUGCUGGGCAGAUACAAUACGCCCUGCCUCAGCAUAGCCUGCUAACUCUACUACCUGAAAGGAGGAGGAGGAGGAGGAAGGAUGAAGAGGAGGAGGAGAAGAUGGAGGUGGGAGAGAAGGGGGAGGAGGAGGAGGAGGAGGAGGAGGA